GAAUCGGUGGAGGAACAGCUGCAACGUUUACACCACACAGUAUGAUUACGAGCGACAAGUGUUUUCGUUAGAUGCCGAGUGACCAUCGAUACGAAGCCUGAUGAAUAUUCAGCCAGGAUCCGAUGGGAUCCAGGCCGGAAUCCCCUUGGUGUCGUCCCCACCGAUCGCUCCGAGCAUCUACUCGUUCGAUCGGCAGCACAGCGCUGUCACGGCCCCGUAUGUCUUGGUGCAGACUCCGGCAGGACUCAUACCCAGUAUAGCGGUUUCCCCCAGCAGUCCUCAGGAGCCUGUGCCUCUGUUCUCAACGAUUCCACCUCCGCCGAUCUCGAUGAGUCCUGGGGCCCCAUCGGUGAGCCACUAUCCAAGUCCGGCUCCGGUCGUGGCUGCCCCCACAAUCUCGAAAAAGGGAAUGGAAGAAGCCGCGCGGUAUCUGGCUCGAUCAUUUUCGUUCGUUGAAAAUGAUGGAGACGCCCUCACCAUCGGGCACACAAAGCGCCGGAAGUCGAGAUCGGUCCCUGAGCUCCGUCCAAAACACAUGACGAAAGGCACAGAUCAAGAAUACUACAGAGACUUCCCCCUAAGCUCGUCGGACGAAGAGGAUUACGUGAUUGAUGUAACACGAACCAAGGCUAAAUCACACGAUAAUUGCCGUCACUACCUCGAUCUCGCCGCGGGCUCCGCAAGGGAAGCCCUGGGUCUCGCAAACAUCUGGAGAUUCCCUUAUUUCUGCUUCAUAAAAGGAGGCGGUCCGUUUCUCAUGGCGUAUUUGAUGCUCUUGAUUUGCGUGGGCGUUCCGAUGAUCUGCAUUGAAAUGGCUGCAGGUCGAGCGACGCACUCGGGACCCAUCCAGGCGAUCGGGAAACUCGCCCCACUCGUUCAAGGCAUCGGUGUCGCUGGCGUCGUCAUCUCAUACUUUCUGUCGACUAUAUACGCGGUAGUUUUCGCGUGGUCAAUCUUCUAUUUCUUCAAUUCAUUCCAUGCGAGACCCCGCUGGGCCAGGUGUACGAAUCCCUGGAACACUCCAAACUGCACCCAGGAUCCCGAGCAGUUCUUCAGAAUCCGUCUCGCAGCCAUCUCCAACUCGGGGGACGAAAUGAGCGGAGACAUAAACAAGACUCUGUCGGGCCAACUAGCGGAGAGAACUUCCACCGCGCAAGAAUUUUUCGAUAUCAAAGUGAUCGAGCUGUCCGAUAAUCCAAACACCCCCGGUGUCAUACGCUGGGAGCUCUUUGCGUCGAUCUCACUUUGUUUACUCCUCGCUUACUUCUCGCUGCGGAAGAAGAGCUUCUUCAGCGAGAAAAUCAAAUACGUCCUUUCGAUCAUUCCUUUCUUCAUCUUCGCUGCCUUCCUCUUCCGAGUCCUUCUUUUGGAGGGCUCUUAUGACGGGAUCCACUACUUCUUCACGCCAAACCUUCAGGCAAUGAAAAGCGCCAAGCUGUGGGUUUUCGCCUUGGCUCAAACCAUACACUCGAUGGGGCUCACCCUGGGACCGAACUACGUCGUCAGCUCCCGAAACAAGAGGCAAAUCUCGCUAAUGAGAGAUACGACGAUAACCGUCCUGAUCAACGUAUUAGUAGUUUUCGUGGUCGGAACGGUCACGUUUGGCACCGUGGGACAUCUGUGUGUCAUUUGGAAACAAGAACUCUCUAGUUCUUUCUUCCAUAAAGAUCCAGGUCUAGUGUUCGUCAUGUACACUGAAGUCAUAAAAUUGAUGCCGCUCCCGCCGCUCUGGGCUGUGCUGUUCUGGUUUUUGUUCAUAUGUCUCGCGAUGGAUUCCAUAAACACCCUAACAUCCACCGUCGUACACGCCAUCGAGGAAAGCUAUGGCAAGACUAUCAAACAGCGAUUCCAGGGUCGAGGUUUCUUCCUGCUUUUCAUCUGCUGCGGGUGUCUUAUCAUGGCCAUUCCUUUCGUGACCGAUGCAGGACUCUACUACCUACAAACCGUUGAUUACUACGUCAGUACCCUAUGUAUAAUUGUGGUAUGUUUCGGUGAGCUCUGUGCUCUGGCAUGGCUCUACGGCGGUCAGAAUCUCUUGUACAACACCGAUGAGGUGCUGCACCCAAUUCCCUACGUCUAUCUGAGGAUGUGUUGGGCCACCGUCAGUCCAUUGGCUUUCAUGGCAGUCACCGUCUGCGGUGGGAUGGCACUCCAGAGACCUCUCAUGCGCGAUGGGAGGAAGUUCCCUCUAGGGGCCGACGUGGUCGGUUGGAGUUUGUUUGGCUUAGUCCUCUUCAUCGUACCGGUCUUCGCGGUGCGCGCGAUCUUCAGGGCAGACGCUAGCGGACUCAUCGCUAAAAUCAAGGCGUCCCUCCAACCUCAAGUUGUGGAGGUGAACGACGACCUUGUCUACCAUGGGUGGCCCUAUUGGGAUCCGAAGCCUCGGCACGUAUUCAAGAACGGCGCGUCCGUUUACAACGGAGCACGGAUUUGACCGUAGAAGCUCACUC